AUGGUCUCUGGAUCUUUGCAUACUCGCUCGUUCGGCUACGUGGACCCAAAUUUUCCAAAUCCAGGAGGCGUCAACGACACCUCCAUCAUCAUCUAUGGCUACACCCCAUCCAUUGCACUAGCGGCCUUUGCCGCGGCAUGGUUUUUCGUGCAUCUGGUGCUCCACACAGCGCAAACAUGCAAGUUUCGAAGUUGGUGGUGGAUCACCUUCUCGGUUGGCAUGAUCUUCGAAAUUGUUGGCUACAUCGCGAGAAGUCUGUCGGCCAAGCAGGACCCGUAUAACCUCAACUACUUUGUAUUGAAUUACUUCUUUAUCGUGACGGCGCCCGUGUUCAUCGCGGCCGGUAUCUAUACCAUCCUGUCUGCGCUCAUCGCCAGACUGGGCUCCCAAUACACGUUCCUCCGCCCGACGUUCAUCUUGGCAUUCUUCAUUACCUCGGAUGUCAUUUCGACAAUUGUGCAAAUCGCCGGUGCGACACUGAUUGGCGUCAAGGAGUCGAACAGUGAAGACCCUACCACCGCCAACAACAUCCUCUUAGCCGGCCUGGCGUACCAGGUUUUCGCAAUGAGCGUCUUCGUCAUCCUUAUGCUAACCUUUGAGUUUCGCGCCCGUCGCGCUAUCAAGGAGCGCCGUCUGCAAGUCUUUUGUCUCUCGUUCACCGUCGCCACUCUCAUGGUAUACAUGCGUACUAUCUUCCGUCUCAUCGAGACGGCAGAGGGUCUCGGCGCGAACUUGUCGACGACUGAAGUCUAUUUUGCCUGUCUGGAAUUUGCCCCCAUUGCUCUGGUCGCGCUUCUUCUGUGUAUUUGGCACCCUGGCCGUUGCUUGGGGCCCAAGGUGCGCGAUUCUCGCGAGAGAUUCGCAAAGCGACAUGGGUCAGAUCCCGCGUCGGUACAAUACUAG